GUGGACGCUGACGUCAUGCGGCGACACCCUUGUACAUUUAGUCACGACUCUUAAAGAAUGGAUGGGAAGAGAAAGCCGUUCCCCGUUCCGCCCCAUAAAGUCCUUUCCUCCCCAUCGGCUCCGUCUACAGAAGAUUACGCCUUGAGGCUCCUUUCAUCUAUGGAAAACAUGGUGCAUCUGAAAGACAUAGUUCCUGCGGCAACCAAUACUGUGAACACACAAUUCAUAGUGCUGGAGAAGGGAAGCAUUACCCAGGAUGGGAAAGAGAUGACUUGCUUGGCAUUAGUUGCGGACGAGACUGCAUCAGUUCACUUCCAGAUGUGGGGAAGUGAGUGCGAAGCUUUCGAGCCUGGGGAUAUCCUUCGUCUCAGCAAUGGAAUAUUCUCUUUCCACAAGAACAGUCUGGUGCUCAGGGCUGGCAAGAAAGGGAAUGCUGAGAAGGUUGGCGAGUUCACCAUGCUAUUUGUGGAGACCCCAAACAUGAGUGAGAUCCGUUGGGCUCGUGACCCUCGCAAUCCCAAGAAGUUUGUGCAGGAAGCUGUUUUAUCGCCUCACUCGAGGAUCUUUGCACCCUCACAGUAGUGUGUCUGUCAUAUGUAAACAUUUCCGCCAAGACACAACAAGUCCUCGGCCAAUCUUGACUUUGCCUUAUGGAAUGGUGUUUCUCAAGCAUAACUUGGUUAUUUAUGCAUGUAAAGCAGCACUUUUGACAUUUGAAUAUGCUGAUUAACUUGUUUUAUCUACAA